AUGGGGGAACUUCUGCGUCAGGCCAGGGGCAGGGCUGCGGUUCCGAAGGGCAGAGUGAGGAUUGAGUGGGAGAUUGUUGAGUGGAGUGGGGAUGAUGAUGACAGUGGUGAGAGUCCGCGAAAACGGAAGGCCGAGGAGAUUGAGGGGGCCGUUGAGGAUGAAAGGAUGGAGGGAAGCGCGUCGUGA